AGAGGAAGAAAACUAAGCAAUUGUUCACACAAAGACGACAUUGCAAGAAAGAUCUGAUCGAUCAAUGGCUCCGAGCAGAGAGGCGUGCGCGGUGGCAAUGGCGAUGGCGGCGCCGUUCAUCGCGAUGGCGAGCAACAUGCAGGGCGGCGGCAGCGCGGAGAAGCGGCGGAGGACGUCGUCGGACGCGCUGCAGCGCACCGUGUCGGACGUCUCCUACGAGCUCCACCACCACGUCGGCGCCAAGGGGAGCACGAUGAUGGAGGACGCCGCCGCCGCCGAGCAGCAGAAGCAGCUCCAGCCGGUGGCGGAGGUGGAGGACGCGAGGUGCGAGUGCUGCGGCAUGUCGGAGGAGUGCACGCCGGAGUACAUCCGGGGCGUGCGGGCGCGGUUCUCGGGGCGGUGGGUGUGCGGCCUGUGCGCGGAGGCGGUGACGGAGGAGGCCGAGAAGAACGGCGGCGAGCGGGAGGCGGCGCUCCGGGCGCACACCGCCGUCUGCAAGCGCUUCAACGGCUUCGGGAGGACGCACCCGGUGCUGUUCCAGGCGGAGGCCAUGAGGGAGAUCCUCCGCAAGCGCUCCAAGCUCGGCCCCCGCUCCAGGUCCAGCAUCAACCCCCGCGAGGUCCGGAAUGGCGCCGCCGCCUCUGCCGCCGCCGCCGGCGGCAUCGCCCGCAGUUCCAGCUGCAUGCCGUUCAUCACCGACGAGUUCAACCAGAGGGUGAACCUCAAGUAGAGAGAGUACGUAGGGUUUGCAUGGUUUUCACUAAUUGAGCUUUGCUUAAUGGUUUUUGUCUUAAUUUUUAGGCUAGAAAUCAGUGCAUGUUUUUCACACGCCAUUAAUUACUUUUUUUUUGGUGGUGUGUGUUUCUUUGCUGCACUUUUCUAGCUUAAUUAGAUAGAAGCUUUUGCAGGCUGAAUUGUUUACCUCUUUGUCUUGUGGUGUUUUAUAUUGAUUUUCACCACAGGGAGAGUUGAGAGAUUAGUCCUGUUUAUUCAGCUAAUUCCAUACAAGUUUCCUGCGUGCAUGGAGUGUAUAUGUAAUGUAUGCAUGUACUGGAGGACUAGCACUCCUGAUCUUGUAACAAAUAAAUAAUGAAAAAAAAUAUGUAUGAACA